AAGAAUUCGUUUUAAUUCAUGCCACAAAAUAAAUAAAAAGUACUCGAGGUUGCAGAAUAUUUCGUUUUUUGAGGAAACUCUUCUCUCAUGGAAAAGUGGUGAUUUUUUGGAAUAAUUUGCAUGAAAAAGGAACAAAUAAUUUUAAAAAUUAAAAAAUAUGAAACGACUGGAACGGUGUAAAGGAGAGACGAGUUAUCACAAAAUUGAGUCGGACACGGAUGGUGAAAGCAGUCCAAAUUCUUCCGGCGUGGUGGUGACGACGUCAACACCGAAAAAGCGGAGCGAUUCCGAGCAAUCGAGAAAAAAAACGUGCACAAUCCUGGAGAUUCAGAUAGAGGGUGCUACAGCUUGGACAUUUGUGACCCGCGUCCUCCCCGAUCAUCGAAUAUGGACCCUGGCCCCACCAUGUUAACCGUUUCGCCGUAUUUGCUAUCCAUUUUUGUCCUUCUAGCGACAUCUGUUUUCGUUUUUGCAAUAUUAAUUUUGUGGUCGACUCGCUUCUAUGAAAAUGGUUCUUCCACAAUUCAAAAUUGGUGGAGUCCACGACCCCACGGGAGAAAUAGUGGGGGUUAAUUUAUUAACGGCAAAUUUAGUAAAUAUGAAAUAAAUAUAAGAAAAAUUGGAAUAUGAACAAUUAAAUUUAGUUUUUGAAAACGUAUUUGUCAAUUAAAAACCCAUCAAAACUACCCAAUGUUUAUUUAUUUGUUGUAAUAUUUGCACAAAAUUUGGACAUAAACAAAGAUUCCGAAUUA